CGAGAUUCAACAUGGCGGCAAAAAUAAACUUUUUGGAGUUAUGAUCUGAACGAAUUCUGGUUUUAUUUUUAUACUCAGCUGCAUACCAUUUGUAUAUAGAUAUGAGAUUUCGUGGAAGACUUGUGGACGUUGCAUGUAUCCAACAUUUCACUCGUGUGGUUAGUACAAUAUCUAAACUUGCCAAGAAUUAUGUUUUGAGGAUAACACCUGAUAAAUUAUACUUCAUAUUAAAUGACAGCGUUACCAGCGGUGGUAUUAGUAUCUGGUGUGAAAUGAUACAGGCAAAUUUUUUCGAUGAGUACAACAUGGAUGGUGUAUCUGCUGAAUUCAAUGAGAUUUAUUUGGAUAUCAUUGGGGAGAAUAUAAUGAGAGCAUUGAAAUCUGCGCAAUCUGCCAAGUCAGUGAAGGUCAAACUAACAAAGAAACAUACUCCGUGUCUGACGUUUGAUGUACAGUUACCGUCAUUGUCUGUUUCUAGUCGUAAUGUAGUACAUGAUGUACCGGUCAAUGUCAUUGCCAGAAGACUAUGGGAGGAUUAUCAAGAACCACCAAUGCCAGAAUUUGAUAUCAGUAUUUACAUGCCACCGCUACGACUGCUGCGUAACGUCAUCGACAGAAUGAAGAAUCUUAGUAGUUAUGUGAUUCUCUCUGGUAAUGGCAAUGGUGAGAUGAAUCUGAGUGUGGAGACUGACAUGGUGUCUGUUACAACACAUUUUAGAGACCUUUCCAAUCCAACAUGGAAUAAAGACGGUGAAUUGGAAGAGUCUCAGUACGAAAUCAGUCAGGAUGGUCAAUCGCAGAACUUUGUGUCUGCCAGAAUUGAUAUUAAAAAAUUUUCUAAUUUCCUAAUUGGGCAACAGAUGAACCCAAGUAAAGUGAUUUGUAAUAUUGUGCACAACAAAGUUAUUCACUUUUUCUUGAUCCAAGAUGACCUAUCGUUACAGUAUUUUAUACCCGUUAUAUCACUUUGACCACUGAAGAAAACAUGGCUAUGUGGAUGAAAUGUGAAGAGCAUUCGUCGGAUCCAUUCAAACUAAUCUUCAGAAUGCAAGUAGAUAAGCUCUGGGGUAAAGUCGUGGGCUCCACCUCCGAGGUUGCUAAGAUCAGGUUGUAUCUUCAGCAGUGUUUGUGAAAUGCAAUAGAGUUUGAGGCUGCAUAACAUUGUUUUAACUUUGAUCAGUAUGAUAGGGUAAAUUCACUAUUGUAUUUGACCUGACGCUGUUAGUUAUGUAAAACCUCAAAUGCAUUCAAUGCGCAGACAAAAAAAACAACAUUUCAUCAACUCUGUUUAAUAAUUUGUUACUGCUUUUCAGUUUUUUUUUCAAUAUUUCAAUGCCUCAUCUCCGGUUUGUCUCAAUCAAACUGCUUAAUCUCAGUAUGGAACAAUUAGUGAUGUAAUUUCAUGUACUUUUUUGGGGGAUGUCUCGACUUGCCUCGCAAUCCGUUUCAUUUUUCUACUUUCCAAGGAAGUUAGUGAUUUACAAAGUUGUACUCAUCUAUAUUAAUACUUUAAUAUUUCACUGAAACACAGUUAUUGUUUUACAAUAAAAUCACCAUCAGCAAGGA